AACAGAAAGGCUGUUGAGGGAAGAAAUAUAAUUUGAUCAAACUUGGGGGCUCAUAUUACAAGAAUAGUAUACCAACCGAAAAAAGAAAUCAAACUAUGAAUAUGUCUUGGUUUAAGACAAAAUAUUGCUACUUAAGUAACAAGACUUCUCAUUCUAAGGUUCCUAUCAUCAUUUUCUUCUCUACACAAUACAAUAUGCCAGUUUCAUCUCCAUGGAAUCGAAGGUUCAAAGGUUCCUUCAUAAAACCAACAAUUCUAGCUUUCAUAACUUCAACUUUGAUAAUAUUUUACAUUUUGUCUACCUCAAGACUUCUCCUACAUCUUCAUCAAACUCGGAUUCACGUAAAAGCGCCAUUAAAUUCUUCUAAUUUGAAGAGUUCUUCAUUACCCAAAUUAAGAGUUUUUGUUGAUCAUCAUCAUAAUAUGCCAAAAGAAGAUGAUGAAACUGUAACUCUUUUAAUAGCAAAUAUUAGCAGUCUGCCUUUGCCAGAGCCAUUUCCCAUUGCUAACGAAGAGAUUCAUUUAACUGAACAAGAGAUUCAACUCGGUUCAUCAAGAGACAAAUUGGUUCAGAAGAAAGAUGUGUUUCAUGACAAGGAUCUCUUCGAGGAAGAAUACAAGGAAAUGAAUAGAACACUAAAAAUAUAUGUGUAUCCCCACAAGAAGAAUGACCCUUUUGCAAAUGUUUUACUACCAGUUGACCAUGAACCAUCAGGGAAUUAUGCAAGUGAGAGUUAUUUCAAGAAAGCCCUUUAUAAAAGCCAUUUCAUCACAAAUGACCCCAAAGAAGCUGACCUUUUUUAUCUUCCAUUUUCUAUAGCAAGUUUGAGAAAUGACAAGAGGGUAGGGGUUGGUGGGAUCCAAAAUUUUGUCAAAAAUUAUGUUGUUGAGAUUAGUGAAAAAUACCCGUAUUGGAAUAGGUCAGGAGGGGCUGACCAUUUCUAUGUUGCUUGUCAUUCUGUUGGAAGGUCGGCAAUGGAGAAAGCUAUUCAUGUGAAGUUAAAUGCUAUCCAAGUGGUUUGCUCUUCAAGUUACUUCCUAUCUGGUUAUGUUGCUCAUAAGGAUGCUUCCAUUCCUCAAAUUUGGCCUAGAAAAGGAGUGCACCCUACAAAUGGUCCUUCAAAGAGGAAAAAGCUAGCUUUCUUCGCCGGAGCAAUGAACUCCAGAGUACGUGAAAACCUGGUCCAAGUAUGGAAAAACGAUUCCGAGAUCAUCGUUCACCGCGGCCGGAUGAAAACACCGUACUCAGAUGCCUUGUUGGGCAGCAAAUACUGCAUUCAUGCUAAAGGUUUUGAGAUCAACACUGCCCGAAUUGGUGACGCCCUUUACUAUGGUUGUGUUCCAGUCAUAUUGGCUGACCAUUAUGAUCUCCCCUACGCUGACACUCUCAACUGGGAAAGUUUCUCCGUCGUUGUUUCAUCUCUUGAUAUUCCAAAACUGAAGCAAAUUCUUGAAGAAAUAGAGUACGAUCAAUACGUGAAGCUUCAAAAGAAUGUAAUGCAGGUGCAGAAGCAUUUUCAGUGGAACUCUUUUUCCAAAGACUUUGAUGUUUUUCAUAUGAUUAUGUAUGAGUUGUGGAUUCGAAGAAGCCAUUUGAGACAAAUCUACUGAGAAAUCUCUAGGAGGAGAAAAUAAAUAAAUUUUCAUCUUUUCAACGUACGAACCACGAGAAUUGUUGGUAUUGUAAAAUGUUUUACUAUAUCUUUGUAGAUAAAACAUAUAUAGGUAGAGAAUUGUUCUAGUAUUAUUGAUGUUGUGUUUUUAGCUAUUAUAGC